UGGGGGGUGAAGCGAUGGUGUGGAGUGAGUAAAUAGUUACAACCUUCAAAUGGGAUUGAUACAAAACAUCGCACGCUAUCCACAGUUAGACGAUAAAUAGCACUACAUUUGGUCAUCAUGGCUCGAAUUGGAAAACCACUCUUUACCUUUCUGUUUCUUGCAACAUCAUCUGCAAUCUUAUUCAUUAUGAACAGCUUGUUUGAUGAUUAUUUCUUCACCGGUCAGUUUCAAAGUCCCUCCGUAAAGAUACCGAAAGGACUGACCACAGGCACGAAUCAAAAUAAUGUGACACAAAAUACAACUAUUAAAAUAUCUGUAUCUCUCCAUGCCAAUGAUACUCAGCAGAAACGACGCCCUCACCUCCAGGAGGAGUGUGAGGGUCUGAACGCCAAGAAACACCUAGAAAACACCUAUGGUCUGAGCGCCGACACCUUAAAGAAAACGAAGAACAUCAUCGUCAUAGAUAAAUUGAAAACCCUUUAUUGUUAUAUUCCCAAAGCUGGUUGCACAACUAUGAAGCGAAUACUCCUUGAGUUGAGUGGUCAUAUAAACUCAACUUACAUACCACAUGAAAAACGUGACAUACAUGUACUUGCCGCGAAGCACUUUCGAUCAUUGAGCGGGUUCAGCCUGGAAGAUGCAAACGAGAAAAUAAAAACGUACAGUAAACUGGUAUUUGUUCGCGAACCGUUUUCACGGAUGUUGUCUGCAUAUCGGGAUAAACUCGAAUCAAAGGGGCUUUCAAGAGAAGAUGUCUGUCUCGUAUGGUCAAGAGGGAUGUCAGACCAUUGGCUACUGGGAAUGAAGACCUCAACAUUACGUUCGGAGAGAAUUCGUAAGAAGUGCAUAGAGAAGCUGAGAGUCACAAAGUAUCAGGUCAACAACCAGGAAGUCAGAGUUUUUGUAGCCGAGGAUCUUUCUAAACGAGUGCAACAACUCCGAAAGAAGAAACAGGGAAAGUUCCAGCAGCUUAAGGAGGAGGGCAAGAAACCCUUCUUCUCGUACCCAGACAAAUUGUGCUACAGAAAUUCCCUUGGGAAAGUUAUUCUCAUCAAAUGA